CACUUACUUACUUCUUCUUCUUCUUCUCUUAGAGGUUUUUAGGGUUUUGGAUUCUCCGCAUUGUACGCCACUCCGUUCAAUACACCUUGGUAUUCCCCAAUCUUGACGUUUGGGGUUUUCGGAAAGAGAUGAUGGAUGUCGAAUCUUGAAGUUUCAGGAGAAAGAGAGAGAGAGAGCCUGGGUCUGCGUUCUACGUUGUUUGAUCAAUUCAUAGAAAAUGGGGGAGUUUAGGAGGCAUUCUGUAGAUGUACCCAUCACAAGAACACUUGUGGCUCUUAGAAGGGUUCGGUCACUGAGAGAUCCUUGUACUAAUUCAAUGAGCAAGUUUGCUUCUUUGCUUGAAAAUGUCAAAUGGGAAACUGGUUCCAACAAUGGGAUCUCACUGCAGUUUGUGAAUCAUGCUGAACAUGAUGAUCAUCCUUGUAAGGCUGAUGAUGGUGAUUGUAAGGCUGAUGAUGCUCGUGUGGGAUUGGUUCCUUUUGGAUCAUACUCGAUAAUGGAGGAGCUAGAGAAUGGUUGUGACCUUCACAAGUUGAGCAACAGGGUGCUAAAUGUUGAAGGAGACGCGUGCUCUAGGAGUAAAUCGCCGUCAAGUGAAAGAUCGUGUGGUGAUUUAUCGGUUAAAGGUAGGGAUUUGGCAUGUAAUGUGCCUUCAAUUACUCAUGCUGAGAAUGGCGCUUCAAGGGGAGGAUAUAGAACUCAUUAUUCCACCAACUUAGCUAGCUUGGUUGGUGAAUAUGGCAGCCAUGUAGGUAGUCCAAUGACCUCAACAAAUCUUAGUUAUGGGGAUGAAGAUGUUGAUUUUGUGAAUGAAUGUAACCGUGGUUGUGGAAUAACGUAUUGCUGGUCAAGAACGCCAAGGUACAGAGGAUCAAACCAUUCCUCAGAUGUAGAAGAGUAUCCUUUACUAUCUGGCAAUGGUGAGAGUAAUGUGGUGACACCGAGUCACGAAACUAUGUCGAGGAGUCUGAGUCAGAAGUACAGGCCGAGAUCUUUCGAUGAGUUAGUUGGGCAAGAAGUGGUAGUGAAAUGUCUCUUGAGCACCAUUUUGAGAGGAAGGAUUACUUCUGUUUACCUUUUUAACGGUCCUCGUGGGACUGGUAAAACUUCAACGUCUAAGAUAUUUGCUGCUGCUUUAAACUGCCUUUCACAGGCUGCACAUAGUAGACCAUGUGGCUUGUGUAGUGAAUGCAAGUCAUACUUCUCGGGAAGCAUCAGGGACGUGAAGGAAAUGGAUUCGGUUAAACUAAACCGGCCUAGCUACCUCAGAUCUCUCAUCAAAAGCGCAUCUCUUCGUCCGGUUUCAUCUAGGUUCAAGGUUUUCAUCAUUGAUGAGUGUCAGUUGUUAAGUCAAGAAACUUGGGGUACUCUCUUGAACAGUUUGGACAGUUUCUCUCAGCAUUCAGUUUUUAUACUGGUCACAUCAGAGCUAGAGAAGCUGCCACGUAACGUGCUCUCACGGUCCCAGAAAUAUCAUUUCUCUAAAGUCUGCGAUGCGGAAAUAUCAAAUAAGCUGGCAAAGAUUUGUAUGGAAGAAGGUAUUGAUUUUGAUCAAGGUGCAGUUGAUUUCAUUGCUUCUAAAUCUGAUGGUUCGCUUCGGGAUGCUGAGAUAAUGCUUGACCAGUUAAGUUUGCUCGGCAAAAGAGUAACGACAUCUUUGGCCUACAAGCUUAUUGGGGUUGUUUCUGAUGAUGAAUUGCUUGAUCUGCUUGAUCUUGCACUGUCUUCUGAUACUUCAAACACGGUUAUAAGAGCGAGGGAGCUUAUGAAAUCCAAAAUAGACCCAAUGCAGCUGAUUUCCCAGCUAGCUAAUGUCAUUAUGGACAUCAUUGCUGGAAAAUCUCAAGAAAGUAGUUCAGCAACCAGACUUCGGUUUCUUACAAGGCAUACCUCUGAAGAAGAAUUGAACAAAUUGAGUAAUGCAUUGAAGAUACUAUCUGAUGCUGAGAAACACUUGAGAGCAUCUAAAAACCAGACAACCUGGCUCACUGUGGCACUUUUGCAACUUAGCAACUCCGAGUCAUCUUCUCUUGCAACUAAUGAAAAUGAAAUGAGUUUAAAAAGUCAAAGAAGCAAAGAUGUUGACCUCUCCAGCACAUCAUCGGAUUGUCCAGGUGAUGUCGUUAAAUCAAAAACCGAGGAGUAUUUAGAGAAAAACUGUAAAGAAACAGUUGAAACUGUGUGGAAAACAGUUACAGAUUUGUGUUGUUCUGAUUCACUGAAGAGCUUUUUGUGGAAAAGAGGGAGGUUGGUUUCACUUACUGUUGACAAAGGUGUGGCAAUAGCUGAAUUGGAAUUCUACACACCUCAACAUGUAACAAGAGCCGAGAAAUCAUGGAAAUUGAUUGCAGACUCGUUCCAAUCAGUGUUAGGAUGCAAUGUUGAGAUCCGAAUGAAUCUUGUUAUCUCAGCUUGUUCUCCACCAAAGAGUGCUAAAGCAGCAGCAAGUCUUUUCUUUGGAAUAUUCAGCUGUUCUCGUAGAAUGCUACACAAGUCGUCUUAUCUGACUACAAGAACCGGCUCUGAAUGCGCGUAUGAAAAGCAAGCAGUUACAAACUCUCUGAGAAGUUGCCAAGGAAAUGUCUUGAGGGCUCGAAGUGUACGUUCUUCAGCCAAUGCCUCGUCGCGAAUGAGCAGUGCGAGUGAUGAAGGAGAUGCGAACUCUGUUAUGUGUACUCCACACAUGCCUCCUGGUGACAAAGGGCCAGAAGAUGACGCCGAUGUGUUGUGUUGGAGGAGGACUCCCCUAGGCAAGGAUCGUGGAGAGACACAGAACAACAAGAGUUCACGGAUUAUUGGCCGAGUCCUUCCCUGCACUGCAGCUAGUUAAGUGAGCUUGGUGACAUUCCCAUUUUGUGGAACCAUUAGGCUGAUCAAUUCCAUUUGAGACCUGUUUUGGGAUAAUGGGUCACAUCACAACAUGUACAGUUGCAAAAUGUUUUUCAAGAUCAUAUUUUAGAUUAGCAUAUUAUACACUAAUCAAUCGAUCAUUGUAGGACAUGAAUCACUUUA